AUCGGCGGAGCCCGGCCAGAAUUCCAGACACGGCAACGCUGUUUCGAAGCCGGAUGCCACGCACUCAGUGCGGAGGUGGGGAAACAGAGUCUGUAAUGUCGGUUCUCCUCCUAUUCCUGCAGGGGAAUCCUCGACGGUGCCUCUCUAUCUUUUUCCGUACGCUGAUAAGCCGCGACAACUGGUCAGAUGGCUCGCGCAUAAUGAUCUUGAUCAAGACAACCUGUAUGAUCAUCUGAUGACCACCGUACCUUGCGUGCACCUGAGCUUAUUUGUCUCAAGCGUCGCGCUGGCCGCGCCAAAUAUUUGGUUGGAAGCUUGUGUUGGAGGUGUGGCGAUUGAAAUGUGGCGGAUGUGUGGCUGAGAUGCCCCGAAACCCCGCGCUAACAGAGUCGCGCCUUUCGACAGGCAGCCAGUGACGACGCGUUCCUUUGGGAGCUUCAUCGACUUUCGGCGGCGAUUUCUGGAGCAUUGCAACAUUCACCACACUGCAAAGAUGUCCGGUUACGAAGUCGAACACAACAUCUCUGCGAAGGAGGAGACAGCGCAACCACCGCACCGCCGGCCUGACCUGUCGACCUUCUUCUCGCAACUCGAGCUCGUCGAUACCUCGGAUCCGCAGGCGCACACCAAUGCAAAUGCCCUGCCGCAACCGGAAAACAUGGCGGCGGCAUUCCGCCUGCUUGCAAAUGCCUUUGAGAUGAUGCGCGGACGACCCGCGGACGACAGCGGCGGCGAGAACGACUUGCUGGCGAACAUGAUCGAGGUGUUGCGGCAGAAUGCCGACGACCCGCCAGCAGAGCUCAAGGGCUGUCCGGAUAGCUUCUUGGACGAGCUGGAGAGGGUGCCAAACAAGUCGCUUAAGCCUACAGACACAUGUCCCAUUUGUGUCAAUCCAUUCCUGGAAGACAACUACCCGCUCGUAGUGCAGCUGCCAUGCCAUAAGGACCACUUCUUCGACCUGGACUGCAUACGACCCUGGCUCAAGCUAAACUCGACUUGUCCGCUCGACCGCAAAGAGUUGCUCAAGAAGAAGCAGCCACCUCCGCCACCUGUGGAGGACGAAGAAGACUACGACGAUAUGUACGCAUGAGAUAUACACGAGAUACUUGCAUUGUCACGGCGUUUCGAGCAGAUAUCAGGAUUCGAGCGCGGAUGACGCGGGCAUAACGAAGAGUCACGAGUUUCGACAGAACCCUCCGAAUAUCCCACCAUCUG